AUUCUUAGCAUUUGCUCAUUUGMUGUGCUGCGCAAGCAGAAGGAAGGAGUCAUUAAAAAUGCUCUUGUACUUCCACAAAUACUCAUUAUCUUUUCAUUAACACCAUCUUGGUACAUUUGUGAAUGUGUUGGAUAUGCACGACGCUCAUUUCGACGACAACUGCUGUUACAAGAGGUCUGGUUUGAGAGAACUGUGUCAAGUCGUGCAUGUCUAACUAUAUGGCUGACUCCAACAGUAAUUCUAGUGGAAGUAGUAGUAGUGCUGAACAUUCUGGUAGCGGUCAGUCAACCAGAAAAACAUCCCGAAGACCCAAAGUAGCUGCUACAGACUCUCCAACUUUAAAUUCCUCAUCAUCUUCAUUAACUCCCAAGUGGCUUGCGAAGACCAAGGCGAAAGACGGACAUGGUCAUGGAAGUAAUAUCUACAAUCUUGUGGACUGUGAUGUAGACAGAGAAACUGCUGCUCGGGCUGUAGCGAUGGUUGUCCGUGCGGCUAAUAAACGCGGAUAUGUCUCUUUAUGCACCGAGUUUGCUACUCUUCUCAGAGAUAAAGAAAGAUUGCAAACGGAACUGAAGUUAAACCUCUUGGCCCAAAAGUCAAAACGCACUGCAACAACUAGCAAUCAGUGUACAUCUUGCUCAUCCACUGAUUCAGGAUCUGGAGGGUCUGCAAGUUCAACCACCAGAGGCACGCAAACAAAGCCAUUCACAUUGUUGGAAUCAAGUGCAAGUAGUGUGGGAAGUUCAUCAUUACCAACUGUUUGUGCUGAUGCUUGUGUUUCAACUGAAGAGUAUAUAAACCUUAGCGAUAACGGUUGUAGCCACCCUACUGAGAAGAAUAGCACAGUUGAUCAAGAAUUGAGGAAAGCUAAAGAAUAUGUAUCAAAGCUUGAAUAUCAGUUGUAUGCAGUAAAAGCAGAAAAUCAGGCUCUUAAAACACAAUUGAGACAUUCCCAGAAGCCAGCUUCAAAAGUCAGCCAUUUGGGAUUGAAUGAAAGUCAAGGUCAUAAUAAAGUUGUGAAAGGCAGCAAACUAGAAAAGGAUAGAAAGUCACCAGAGUCCACCAUUGCACCCCAAGCAAGUCCUAUUUCAAAGAGGACUUUAAAGAAAGAAACAGCUCAAAGCUUUUCAUCUCAUUUAAAGAAGGAUCAAAAUCCAAAUCACGACCAAAGUUGUAGUCUUAAAAGCUGUGUCAAACACAGGAUAAGAAAUGGAUUUGGACAAUCAACACCAACAAAGAUAUACCCAAUGCCUUCAAAUGAACCACCACCAAUCCUAAGUGCAGACAGCAAACCUCAAAGUGCAGGGAAUCAGUUGGUCCCACUACAAUUGAAUAAAUAUCAAUCAAGUUGUGACAAGAAACCUGUUGGUCAUAUGCCAAAGGUUUUGCCUAAAAUAGGAGAUUUUGUUGUAGUCCAAGGGGAGGUAAAAGGUUAUGUUAACUACAUUGGACCACUGAAGGGUGGAACGUCUAAUUAUGUCGGACUUCAUUUAAACUCACCAGUGGGAAACAAUAAUGGAAGUAUUGAUGGUGUAAGGUAUUUUACUUGUCCGGCAAAUUAUGGAGCGUUUGUUUGUGUUCAGGAUAUAACACAAGUAAUUCCAAAGUCCCCUCCUAAAGAAGUCAUAUCCGUCAACAACAUGCCUUUCCAAUCCAAAAACGAAUUGAACCGGCCUAAUUGCUUUGAAAGAUCUGCCAAUAACCAGUUUACCCAAGAUCAAGAAGAAAGGCUAAGUGUUGAAAUUGCAGCAUAGACUUCCAGCAAAGCUGACCACCGAGCGGAAACAGUGGGUGACUUAUGUUUGUUGGAAUACAUGUAUCUGUGUCACGAAAUAUGUGGCACAAUAAAGAAACCGAUAGAAAUGAGUCUUAUCUAAAGAACUGAAAAAGUAUUCGACUGUGUUUUACUAGAUAGGGAUAAAAUGCAACAGCUGAAGCUGAAGAAUAUUCCGUUUUAUUCGGAUGACUUUAAAGUGCUGGUCUUACGAAAAUAUUAAUGAAGCAAAAAAAAUCCCAGAUUUUCUAUAUGCUCAAAUAGGUUAUAAUGUUCACCAAUAAACAAUAAUUGGUUCGAAAAA